AUGGAAGGCCAGAAUGCAGACACAGACACUGACAUGACUCUGUGGGACGACCUUUGCUCCAUCCUCAUGUGUGAAAACUUUAAUCUCGAAGAAGGAAGGGAAAUACCUUUGCCCCAGCAGGAGUCUUCGUCGGUGCCAAAGUCACCACAGCUGGCCAAACAAGGAUCACCACAAAAUACAAAUCGCAAGAGACAAAGAGCCCUGUCCAAUCUGGAGAUGGGUCAAGACUUCCUAAAAGGAAACAAUACUGUCCCAAACAAGAAGGUCAAGCAAUGUUCCCCAAGAGCUGCAGAAGAGGAUGCGCAUUCAAAGCUUGCACCUCCACCUGGGACCACGUCGGAUGGGAAUUCUAACCAAGAUGAGACUGUUGUUUCUGCUUGGAGUUUCUCUGACAAAAGCUCUGUGCUGCCAUCAGAAGCAGAGCUUAGCCACGAUGACGGAAACCAUACGAGAGACUGUGACUCGGAGCAGGUGCUCAAGGGCUUCCCCAAUUUGGGAAACACGUGCUACAUGAACUCCAUCUUGCAAUCACUCCUUGCAAUUCCAUCGUUUGUUCAUGACAUCCUCCAGCAAGGCAUCCCGUGGGAGAACAUUCCCCGGGGUCAGCUGCUUAUGUCCUUUUUCAAGCUGCUGAGUUUGAAAGAUAGCUGUACUGUAGAGAUGAAGGCAGACAUACUGGCAGGGAUGAAAGGGGUGAUCUCGGCUGUGGCCGGCACCUUCUCGGGCAACCAGCAGAACGACGCUCAUGAGUUUUUAGGACAGUGUUUAGAGCAGCUGAAAGAGGAUACUGCAAAACUAAACAGCGUUUGGAAGGCCGAGAGGGAGCCUGGAGGUGGAAAUUCACCUGCCCAGCUGUUAUCCGGCAGUGCCACCACCAAGGUGUUUUAUUGCCCAGUUGUUGCCAAUUUUGAGUUUGAAUUGCAGGACCAUAUGCUUUGCCAAGCGUGUGGUGAAGUCAGUGUCAAGACAGAGCCUGGCAAUUGUGUCUCUGUCCACAUGCCUCCAGACAGGAAACAAUCGUCGCCCCAGUCUCUCCAGAAUUGUCUGGAGCUGGUGUUCCAAGGGGAAGUUCGUGAGCACACGUGUGCAAAGUGUGCACACAGCACGUCCAUGGUGACGCACACGUUUGGAAGGCUGCCCAGGGUCUUGAUCAUUCAUCUGCAACGCUAUUGUUUUAGUGAGAGCUACGUGCUGGAAAAGGAUGACAGACAGGUUCAAAUUCCCAGAUAUUUGAGUGUAGCCUCUCAAUGCAAUGAGAGCACCCAGCAGCCACUGCCCUUGGCUAGGACUGCUCCUGGAUGCGGCUGCCAGGUCCUAGACCUCGGUGAAGGGAAGGUUUCUGCGACAGGAAGGCCACCCACAAGGUCAGAGGGCUUCAGUGCAGGAUGCGGUGACUCUUCAGAUCCACGCAGUGAACUGGACAGAGACGUUCCACACAAGCCUCAGCGAGUCUGUGCAGACGGCCAAGAGCGGCAGCAGGGAGACCCGGGAAAGGUCUCCGAGCUUGAGUCCGAUCUGAGGAGCUGUGGAGACGGGCACGUCAGGGAAACGGAGUUGCAAGAGGCCGACCCAGACGCAGGGCUCAUGGCUCAUCAUCAAGAGGUGCCUGGAUAUCCACAACGAGAGGACUGUGAGGCAAAGAGCGCAGGUGCGGAGGUGGGUGUGUCCUGUGAGUCUGAGACACACAAGGUUCCAGGAGGACCAGCAGGCAUGCUGAACCAACUCCUCCAGUAUGCGGAGAGUCCCGGAACCAAACACGUCCCAGAGGUGGAGGAAACAGCCGCUGAAGCAGAGCGCCUGGCAGCAGACGUGAGCACGGGAGACCGUCUUUGGUCCUACAGGCUGGUCAGCGUCACCAGUCACAUCGGGGGCUCCCCAUACUCGGGCCAUUAUAUCAGUGACGCGUACGACUUCCGCAAGCAGAGCUGGUUCACCUACAGCGAUCAGCACGUGAGAGAAACCUCAGAGACCAUGGUGCGGAAGGCCAGGCUUCGCAGUGGCUACAUCUUUUUUUACAUGUACAAUGAAAUGUUUGAGGAACUUGUGAGAAAGGCAGCGACCACCCAGCCCACUAGCAGCUAG